AUGACCACGGGGCUGGCCGUGAACGGGAAAGGCAUCUCCCCGUUCCUGGGUGCCUUGAUGGCUAACAUGAUGACCUCCCUGCAAACGUCAGCCACUGGCAUAACGGCCGGGAAGAGGAAGUUCAUCGAGGACAGGCGAGACCAGCCCUUUGACAAGCUGCUGCGCUUGCACGUGUGGCAGACGGAGAGCACCUCCAGGUACCGGGACAUCAUGGUCCGGAAGCAGGAUGGCUUCACCCACAUCCUGCUGUCCACCAAGUCCUCUGAGAACAAUUCGCUGAACCCGGAGGUCAUGAAGAAGCUGCAGAGUGCGCUGAGCAUGGCCGGGGCCGACGGCAGCAAGCUGGUGCUUCUCUGCGCCGUGGGCAGCGUCUUCUGCUGCGGCCUGGACUUAGUUUACUUCAUCCGGCGCCUGACAGACGACCGCAAGAGGGAGAGUGCCAGGAUGGCUGAGGCCAUCAGAAGCUUCGGGAACACCUUCAUCCAGUUCACGAAGCCUAUUAUCGUAGCUGUGAAUGGCCCGGCCAUUGGGCUAGGAGCAUCCAUCCUGCCUCUUUGUGACCUGGUCUGGGCCAACGAAAAGGCGUGGUUCCAGACGCCCUAUACCACCUUCGGACAGAGUCCAGAUGGCUGUUCCACGGUCAUGUUCCCCAAGGUUAUGGGAGGAGCAUCUGCCAACGAAAUGCUGCUCUGCGGGCGGAAGCUAACGGCACAGGAGGCGUGCGUCAAAGGGCUGGUCUCCCGGGUGUUCUGGCCUGGGACUUUCACCCAAGACGUCAUGGACUGCAUCAAGGAGCUCGACUCUUGCAACCCCGUCGUGCUGGAGGAAUCCAAGACCCUUGGGCGCUGCAACAUGAGGUUGGAGCUGGAGCAGGCCAACGAGAGGGAGUGCGAGGUGCUGAAGAAGAUCUGGGGCUCGCGCAGGGCAUGGAUUCCAUGCUCAAGUACCUGCAGAGGAAGAUCGAUGAGUUGUGA